GUGAGUCCACAGUUUGCAAAAUAAUUUAUGACACAUGUAGAGCCAUAUGGGAAGUUUUGCAGCCGAUCUAUAUGCCCCAACCAACUGAGGAACAAUGGAAACGAGUGGAAAAAAAGUAUUGGCAAAUUUGGAACUAUCCAAAUUGCAUAGGUGCAUUGGAUGGAAAGCACUGCGUAUUUGAAAAACCACCAAAAACAGGCUCCAUGUACUUCAACUACAAAAAAGAGUUUAGUAUCGUCUUGAUGGCUCUUGUUGACGCAGAUUAUAAAUUUAUAUCUGUAGACAUUGGUGCUUACGGGAGGAAUAGUGAUGGUGGAAUUUUUAAAUCAUCAUCCUUAGGAAAAGCCCUUGCUAAUGGUAAAUUAAAUAUUCCUCCACCAAAACCAUUACCACACUCAGAUGUAAUUGUCCCCCAUGUGAUUGUCUGUGAUGAAGCUUUUCCACUAACUCCUAAUACUAUGAGACCGUUUCCAGGGAAAAGUCUAGAAAAUAAUCGAGACAAUAAAGUUUACAACUAUCGCCAUUGUUGAGCUAGAAGAGUUGUCGAAAACGCAUUCGGUAUACUGGCGAAAAAGUUUAAAAUCUACAACAGGAAAUUCAACUUUAAACCAGAGCACAUGGACAUAAUUGUAAUGGCGACGACUGUUUUACAUAAUUUUUUACGCAACGAUAACUGUCAUUGGC